AUGCGUGUCCUUUCAGCUUUUUUGGUGCUCAAGGAAGGUUUAUUGAAGACUAAGGUGCUCAAGGAAGGUUUAUUGAAGACUAACUAUGCUGUCCUCUAUUCUCUGUAUAACAAGCAAGUAAAAGUUUGGUGCACAAGGCAGGAAAGGAAACUAGCUAGUGUUCUUGACAUUGACACGAAAGAGAUAUAA